CUAGGGCAAAGGGCCCGCGCCCGCCUUUCAGUCGCUGACGGCGCUUCUGUCCCUGACACUUAGCCCCGACGUACAAGCCUCCAGAUUCAGCCUGGUCCGCCCGAGUCCAUCUUGGGCAAAGCAGGAGAGUCAGACUCGGUCCCGUCCCACGCUCCGACGCACUGGCCGCGUCCGGAACCCCAGGCGCGCGGCCCCUGUUUCCGGCGGGCACAGGCGCUCAACGGCCCGAGCCCACGGAAACGGGCUCGGAGGGCCGGGACAGGGCCGGACCGGAGAUGGCGCCGCCGGCAGGCGGAGCGGCGACCGCCUCAGACCCCAGCUCGGCCGCAGUGCUGUUGGUCGUGCACGCCGCGGUGAGGCCCCUGGCCGCGGGGCCGGACGCCGAGGCGCAAUUGCGGAGGCUGCAAUUGAGCGCGGACCCCGAGCGGCCCGGGCGCUUCCGACUGGAGCUGCUAGGCGCCGGACCCGGGGCGGUCAGUUUGGAGUGGCCCUUGGAGUCAGUCUCCUACACAGUCCGAGGCCCCAGCCAGCAUGAGCUGCAGCCUCCACCAGGAGGGCCUGGAACCCUCAGCCUGCACUUCCCCAAUCCUCAGGAAGCUCAGCGGUGGGCAGCCCUGGUCCGAGAUGCCACCGCGGAGGGACACAAUGGCAGUGACAGCCUGCCUCCAGCCCUGGCCUCGGAAACGUGCCCUCUUUCCCCAUCCAGUCCCCCUGAAGUGCCCACACCCAAGGCCUCCCAACCCAAGGUGGAUGUUCCCUGGAGCCCUGGAGACUUGAUGGAGAAAGGACGCCUGGCCCGAGCCAUCGAGGGUGGCGAUGAGCAAGGGGCAGCCCAGGCAGCAGCCAUCCUGGCCCAGCAUCACGUGGCCCUCAGUGUCCAGCUCCAGGAGGCCUGCUUUCCUCCUGGCCCCGUCAGGCUGCAGGUCACAGUUGAAGAUGCUGCGUCCUCUGCCCACGUCUCGCUGCAGGUCCACCCCCACUGCACCAUCGCGGCCCUCCAGGAGCAGGUACUCGCGGAGUUGGGCUUCCCGCCAGCAGUGCAGCGCUGGGUCAUCGGUCGGUGCCUGUGUGUGCCUGAGUGCAGCCUGGCUUCCUAUGGGGUCCGGCAGGACGGGGACCCUGCUUUCCUCUACCUGCUGUCAGCCCCUCGAGAAGUCCCAGGACGCAGCCCGCAGCACCCCCAGAAGACAGAUGGGGAGUUAGGCCGCCUGUUUCCUCAGUCACUGGGGCUGCCCAGAGUCCCCCAGCCAGCCAACUCCAGCCUCCCCAGCCCCUUUCAGCCCGGCUGGUCUUGCCCUUCCUGCACUUUCCUCAAUGCCCCAAGCCGACCUGGCUGUGAAAUGUGUAGCACCCAGAGGCCCUGCGCGUGGGACCCCCUUCCCACAGCCUCCACCCAGCAGCCACCAAAGGUCACAAGAAGAGAGGAUGGCCCUUCCCUUCCAGGCCCAAGGUCCCUGGACCCCCUCCUGAACAUCUCAGGGGACCUCAGCUGACUGCUCACUAGGGACACAGCCGGAGACAUUAAAGUACUUCUGAGCCAGUUGAGUGCCCCCACUUUGUGCAGACUGGGCUGCUGGGAGGACGGAGAGCAGGACAGUCCCAUUCAGGAAAUGUGGGAGAGGGGGCGGGGCCUGGCCCUCAGCAGGGCUCCCCAGGCAGAACAGAAGAGUGUACUUGGACCCCAAGUCCAGGGAUCCUAGGGGCAUGGCGCUAAGAUCUCUCCCCACCCCCACUCUGGCUUCUGACCACUGUGCUGGGUCCCUGUGAGUCCCCACCCUGGCUGAUCGAGCCUCCCCUAGUCCACCUAGAGCCCCUCAGGCGUGCUCCUUCCUCCUUUUGCCCUCCCAAUUGGCCACUACUCCCUGGGGCGACUCCAGCCAAAAUGCCCUGUACAUUCCCCUUUUGGGGACAAGUAAAGCUCAAAAGCUCAGAGCCCUGAGCCUGGCCCUAUGCUAAGAGAACACCUCCACUGACAGA